AUGGGCAGGGCUGAGACGGCCACCGGUGAGCAGAAGCUGCCACGACGCAAGCAUCGCAGCAAGGUGCUGCGCCUGACGCUUGGCAGACAUUAUCGCCACAUGAAAAACGACAGCUUGAGAGGCUGCGUUUCACAGUGUGUAGCCAAGAAGCUGGAGGAAUACUGA